CUGGUCUAAGACUAGUUUCUCUAAAGCAAAGGCACUGCUGACUGCUGGGCUCUCUGCUGAGCUCCUCUUGAAAAAUCUCACUGUUUGUUUCUAUUUGGGGUAGUGUGUGAUCUCACUCUCCAGAGCUUGUAGCUGAUCAAGUUGGGUGGAUUUUUCUGCAGUUUUUGCUGUGGUGGGGGUGGUGUUGAAGGGAAGAGAGGGGGAUAGGAGUUGGAAAGAAGAAGUAGUUGAGAAGUUCGGUGCUGCAGAAGAUAGUGAGUUCUCUCACAAAAGGGGGUGGUGGGGGUGGGGUUUUUGGCUAAGUGAUGCGUGCAGGAGCUUGUACAUUGCAGCAGACCCUCACAACAGAGGCUGCUUCUGUAUUGAAGCACUCUCUCAGCUUGGCAAGGAGGAGAGGCCAUGCACAGGUCACUCCUCUGCAUGUGGCUGCAACUUUGCUGAGCUCAAGAGCCAGUCUCUUGAGGAGGGCUUGUCUCAAGUCUCAGCCUAACCAAAGCACACAUCCACUUCAAUGCAGAGCUCUUGAGCUUUGCUUCAAUGUGGCUCUCAACAGGCUUCCUACAACGCCUGGUCCACUCCUCCAUGGCCAGCCCUCCCUCUCCAAUGCUCUAAUUGCAGCACUCAAAAGAGCACAAGCACACCAGAGAAGGGGUUGCAUAGAACAACAGCAACAACAGCCUCUGUUGACCAUUAAGGUAGAGUUAGAACAGCUUAUAAUAUCCAUCUUAGAUGAUCCUAGCGUCAGUAGGGUUAUGAGAGAAGCUGGCUUCUCCAGCACUGCUGUGAAGAACAACCUUGAGGACUCUUCAGCUUCUUCUGUGUUUCAGUGUUACAGUAGCUCUGGUGGGGUUUUUUCUUCUCCUUGUUCUCCUUCUCCCACUGAAACUCAUAGAGACAUCAUUAAUCCUAGCACUUUCUGGCAGACCCAUAUCUUGGCUUACUCCUCUGAGCAAAACCCACUUCUCUUUUCCCCUCAGAAGAAGCUUUCCAGCAAUCCGAUCACAGAUUCAACUUCUGUGAAGGAGGAUCUCAAGUUGGUUUUGGAGGUGCUGUUGAGGAAGAAGAGAAGGAACACUGUGAUAGUUGGUGACUCUGUGUCCACAACUGAAGGCCUUGUUGCAGAGCUGAUGGGGAGGAUUGAGAGAGGGGAGGUUCCUGAGGAAUUGAAAUCCGCCCAUUUCGUUAAAUUUCAGUUUUCACCAGUGACCUUGAGGUUCAUGAAGAGAGAGGAAGUGGAGAUGAACCUCUCUGACCUCAAAAGAAAGGUGGAUUCUCUUGCAUCAGGAGGUGGUGGUGGUGCCAUUAUCUAUGCAGGAGACCUAAAAUGGACAGUUGAAGCAGCUGUAAGUGACAGAGAUGGAGGGUUCUCCAAUGGAGAAGCCUCUGCCUAUAACCCAAUUGAUCAUCUAGUUGCGGAGAUUGGAAGACUGCUCUCUGACUAUACCACCUCAAACACUAGGGUCUGGUUGAUGGCCACUGCAAGCUAUCAGACAUACAUGAGGUGCCAAAUGAAGCAACCUUCUCUUGAGAUUCAAUGGGCACUCCAAGCUGUUUCUGUUCCCUCAGGUGGACUUGGUUUGAGCCUCCAUGCUUCCAGUGUCCAUGAUUCAAGGUCACAGAAUCAAGCUCAUCAUGUGCUGGAAACCAAACCAUUUGCAGCCAAGGAGGAACACGACAAGCUCAGCUGCUGUGCUGAAUGCACUGCCAAUUAUGAGAAGGAAGUUGGGUUGUUCAAGUCUGGCCAGCAGAAGCUCUUGCCUUCCUGGCUCCAAGCUCAUGGCGUCGAAGCCCGCCAAAAGGAUGAUUUGGUUGAGUUGAGAAGAAAAUGGAAUAGAUUGUGCCACAGUCUUCACCAGGGAAGGUCUAAUCAGAACCAUUUGAGUUCCUCUAUGUUCAGCAAUCAGAACUUGUUGGGAAAGAGUUAUUCCUAUACUUCCUCAUACCCCUGGUGGCCUAAUCAGAACAGCAUCUUCCCUGACUUGAAUUCGAUUUCCUUCACCAAUUCAGCUUUGAAGCCCAACCAUGCUUCCAGUCUAGUGCCUCGGUUCAGACGACAACAGUCCUGUCACAUAGAAUUCAGCUUUGGUAAUGGGAUGCACAAGCAACAAUCAGUAGAACCAAGCUUGGAUUGCCUCAAGAAGACAGAAGGGAAGGAUGUAAAGAUCACUCUUGCUCUAGGCACUUCUGUUUAUUCAGAUUCUGGGAAGUUGCCUGAACUGAAAGGAGAAAAAACAAUUCGACUCAGAGAUAUAUGUAAGCUAUUGGAAGAGAAUGUGCCUUGGCAAAGUGAAGCCAUUUCACCAAUAGCUGAAGCUCUGAUUGAUUCUAAAUCAAGCAAGAAGGAGACAUGGCUACUGCUUCAGGGGAAUGAUUCAAUAGGAAAGAGAAGAUUGGCGCACGCAAUUGCAGAAUCAGUUUUUGGAUCUGCAGACCUGGUCUUCCGGAUGAACAUGAGAAAGUUAGACAAUGGGGUGACCCCAAGUUCUGAAAUCCUCACAGAAGCCUUAAGAGCACACCAAAAACUAGUCGUUAUGGUGGAAGAUGUUGAUUUUGCUGAACCCCAGUUCAUGAAGUUUCUUGCUGAUGGUUGUGAAACAGGAGAAUUCAGAGAUUCGAGUAAAAGAGAAGGAAGUUUUGGCCAAGCGAUAUUCAUAUUGACAACGGGUGAUUCCAGCAGCUACCAAGAGAGGAAGGGAAACAAAAGCUCAGUAAUUCAUAUGAAACUGCAGAUCAACCUAACAAUUCCGACCUUGGGGACUCCCAACAUGGAUCACAAGCGAAAAGCCGAGUGGGACUUAUCAAACAGGACCAAGAGUCCAAGAACAGAUGAAGAGGAAGGGAGCUGUUUGAUUUCUGUUGAGCCUGGGAACAGUAAGAUAUUGGAAUUCACCAGGCAGUUAAGCUUCAACACCCUUGACUUGAACAUCAGAGCUGAUGAGGAUGAUGAAAGCAAAGACAAACCCAGAGAAUUAAGCCCCAUUUCAAGUGAUCUAACUCGCGAAACUGCCACAGAUAUCCAGAACCCACAUGGCUUCCUUGAAUCAAUCGAGAACCGUUUUACUUUCAAACGAAAAGCAGACCAGGAUAGAGAGAUGAGAGAGGCUUUCUUGUCCAAGAUCAAAGGGUCCUUUGAGGUGGGGUAUGAUAGUGAAAAUACAGUUAGUUUUUCUGUGGAACAGAAGUUGUUAGAGGUGGUUCUAGCUGGGUGUGAUUCUUUUCUCAACAGCUUGUUUGAAAAAUGGUUGAAAGAGGUUUUUCAAACUAGCGUAAAGACAGUUAAAAUUGGCGGGAAGGAGGGUAUGGGGGUUAGGCUCUGUUUAGUAGGGAAAGGAGAGAAAGGUUUGGAGGAUGGAUUCAUGGGUUCAAGUCUCCCCAAGAAAAUCCAGGUUUCCUUCAUGGACUGAUUGGUGUCUUUGUAAAAUGGAAAAUGACCAACAUGUUGUAGUGUAACUGCUCAUUUUCAUAACAUAAUGUAUUUUCAGUUUCAGUUCUCUCA